AUGCCGCCCAAACGAUACUUUGAGCAGGCCGAGGCCGAGGCCGCAGGCGCAGCUGCCGCUAACGAUGCCGCUCCGACGGCGGCUGCAGCCGGUGCCGCCUCCUCGUCGACGUCCGACAGCCGCAACGCCACCCUCUUCGUGUCUCGCCUGCCCUACACUGCCACCUCAACCGACCUCGAGACCCUCUUCAGCGAUAUCGGCCCCCUCAAGCGCGCCUUCGUCGUCACCGAUCCAACCACAAAGUCAUCAAAGGGCGUCGGCUACGUCACCUUUGCCAUGGCCGAGGACGCAAAGACCGCCCUUCAGCAGCUCCAGGGAAAGUCGCUCGACGGCAAGCGCAAGAUGCAGAUCUCCAUCGCGGACGAAAAGGCACCCAUGAAGGAGAGGAAGGCGGCACGCGCGCUCCUCGCCGCUCAGGCCACUCAGGGUGGCGAUGCCGCUGCCGACACCGCAUCGGCCGCCAAAAAGCCCCGCUACGACAAGCCAGCAGGCCAGCAGUCCGCGGCACGACCGCGUCCUACGUUCGAAAAGGACGCCGACGCCGUCCGCACCGUCAUUCUGUCCGGCCUAGCCGCCUGCACGGCCAAGGCAGACUCCAAGCAGAUUUACAAGCGGGCGCGCAAGAUCGGCGACGUCGAAAACGUCGUAUACCCGCAUCCGGGCUCGUCGCGCCCCGACGACGUCGCCCACGUCAUCUUCCGCACGCCCAACCACGCCAUGACGGCCGUCGAGAAGCUCCACGCCCACACCUUCAAGGGCGUCCAGAUCAGCGCCAUCCUCAAGAAGCGCGCAGACGGCGCCACCAAGCUCGCCGCCCACAUGCGGCCCGAGACGCUGGCCAAGCGCGAAAAGAUGCGCCAGGACAUUGAAAAGUUCAGCGGCAAGGGGAGCAUGCCCGUCAUUACGUCCGAGGUCGACAAGUCGAGCCGGCUCAUCAUCCGCAACCUACCCUUCGACGUCACCGAGGCCGACCUUCGCGCCGUCUUCCUGCCGCACGGCCCCAUCUUUCAGAUCCAGAUACCCAAGGCCCUUCCAAAGAACAGCAGCAACAGCGCAAAGGAGGAGGAGGGAGACGCUGAGGAACAGGACGACGAGGCGGGACAGGACAAGAGCAGCAGCGACGACAACGAAAGCGACAGCGACAGCGACAAGGGUUCGGGCGUCACUUCGGGCUCUGAUGACGACGAGGACGGAACGGACUCGGACGAGGCGGACAAUGACGAGGAUAAGGCCGAGGAGGACAAGGAAGAAGAUGAGGACGCGGAACUGAACGAGGUGGAGCAGUCGUCAUCCGCUGCCGCCAAGGGCGAGCGCGGCCGUGGGUUCGCCUUCGUCUGGCACGUGUCGCGCAACGAUGCCGCCAAGGCGCUCAAGGCUGUCAACGGCAAGCCGAUCCGACACGGCGCGGCCGAGCACGCCGCCUACAAGGCCGCCAAGGGCAAGAAGGGUCGUGACGCCGCCAAGAAGGUGCUCGACGCGGUCCGCGCCGCCGCCCAGCCGGAACGGGUUGUCGCUGUCGACUGGGCGCUCAGCAAAAAGGACUGGGAGGCCAAGGCCGAGCAGAGCGACGCCGAGGAGGCCGAGAGCGAGGAUGACGAGGAUGACGACGAGGAUGAGGGUGAAGACGACGACGAGGAGGGCGACGAUGACGACGAUGAGAACGCCGAGGUGUCGUCGGACGAGGAGGCUAAGCCGGCACUUCCGCAGCCCGAGGAGGGCACGACGCUGUUCGUGCGCAACCUGCCGUUCCAGGCGACCGAGGAGGAGCUCAAGAGCGUGUUCCGCCACUUUGGACCGCUGCGGUACGCCAAGAUCACCAUGGACAAGGCCACCAACCGGAGCAAAGGAACCGGCUUCGUCUGCUUUUGGCAGGCGUCGUCGGCGGAUGCUGCUCUGGCCCAGGCACGCAUCAUCGAGAAGGAGGCCGGCACGUCGGGCUCGGCAUCGACGGCGGCCAGCGCCGGCAAGAACCCGUUCGCCCUUCCCUCGGUCCUCACUGCCGACCCCUCGGCCCCGCUGACGGCCAGCCUCAACCUGCACGGCCGCGUGCUCAACGUGAUCCCGGCCGUGGCGCGCACCGAGGCGUCGAAGCUCGAAACGUCGGGCCGCAAGCAGCGCGAGAAGGAGGACAAGCGCAACACGUGGCUGCUGCGCGAGGGUGUUCCCUUCCCAGAGAGUGCCAUCGCGCGCACGCUGUCGGCGGGCGAGUGCGAGAAGCGGCUGCAGUCGUUUACGAUCCGCCGCAGCCAGCUGGGCAGCAACCCUGCGCUCUUUAUCAGCAAGACGCGGCUGGCGGUGCGCCAGCUGCCGCUGUUCGUGUCGGACAAGAUGCUCAAGAAGCUGGCGCUGCACGCGUUGCGCUCGUUCAAGGACGAGGUCAAGGCCGAGGAGCGCGUCGACCUCGACGAGUACGAGCGCGCCGACCGCACGAUUUCGGCGACGCUCGCCGAGGACGGCGGGUUCGCGGCCAAGAAAAAGGGCGAGCGGCCGACGGCGGUGCUGCAGGCCAAGGUGGUGCGGCAGGCGGACCGCAUCGACCCGCUGACGGGGCAGGGUCGGUCGCGGGGCUACGGCUUCCUCGAGAUGCGCACGUUCCAGGAGGCGCUCAAGGUGGUGCGCUGGGCCAACGGCAACCCGGCCGUCUCGACGCUCUUUACCGAGUGGUGGCAGCACGACAUUGAGACGAGGAUCGAGACGUUCCGCCGUCAGAUCAAGGCCAAGUCGUCCGCCGGCGGCGGAGGAGGAGGUACGCUGUCUUCGGAAGUCAAGGAGGAGAUCGACGAGAUGGAGGCGAGGAUCAAGAGGAUGCAGAGGAAGGUCGACGAGCUCAAGGCCGGCCAGAAGCCGGACAAGAGCGAGAGGGGUGGCCUGCUGGUGCUCGAGUUCAGCAUCGAGAAUGCCACCGUCACGAGGAAGAGGAAGGAAAUGACGGACAAGGUGCGCGAGGGAAACAAGCGCAAGGCGGCGUCGUCUUCGGACCCGGACCGCGCUCAGCCCAACACAAGCGCCAACAACGUCGCCGCAGCCGACAAGAGCAGCAGCAGCCGCAGCGGCGGCAGGACCUCUUCUCGUCCUUCUUCCUCUGCCUCAUCGUCGUUCGACAACAAAAAGGGCCGGUCAGACAAGAGGGGCGACAAGACCGCCAGCACGUCGGAACGCAGGGCGCAGCACAAGGCGUCGCAGAAGAUCGACAGGCACAAGGAGUCCGCCGCGGGUGCCGACGGCUCCAAAAAGUUCGGAAGCCUCUAUGGCUCUUCGAUCGGCCGCAAGCGCAGAGCCAAGAAGAUGGGCAAGAAGUAG